AUGGACCUGAUCUUCUGGGCUCUGCUCAGCGAUUCCUCCCUCCUCUGUCUGCAGGUGGUCGAGCCAGUCCCAGAACCGGAUCACAUUGUGGUGGAGGACAGCAGCCAGGAGGUCGAGGUGUACCUCAGUGCUGCUGUUGCCUACACCCAGCUGAAGAUGAACACAAUUGUGGUUCAGUUCAAGGACACCUUGCCCUUCCAGACAAGGACAGCCACUUUCAAAAUGCACAACACAGGGAAGGUAGCCCUGGAAUACUUCUGGGAGGAACCUGCAGAUAGUAAACCAGUGAAGAAGCCAUACUCAGUCACUCUGAUGCGUCGGUUCCUCUCCAAUAAAACUGUAAAGCAUCGCAGAAAGCUGCUGCGUCGUUACUGGCGGAGGCUGGCCCGCCCUCCUAAAGUGCGGCGGCGGCGGCCUGACAAGAGCAAGCAGUAUUCCAAGCAGCAGCAGCAGCAGCACCAGGAGGAUUCCAAGCAGCAGCAGCAGCAGCAGCAGGAUUCCAAGCAGCAGCAGCCUUCUGAGCAGCCGCAGCUUUCUGAGAAGGAGCAGCUGGAUUCCAAGCAGAAGAAGGGUUCCAAGAAGCAGAGCCGCUCCAAGGAACGGCACCUCUCUGAGCAGCAGCCCGAGCAGCAGCAGCCCGAGCAGCAGCAGCCCGAGCAGCAGGAGCCUGAGCAGCAGCAGCCUGAGCAGCAGCAGCCCGAGCAGCCGGUCCCUUCCAAGAAGCCGCGCCGCCCAAAGAAAAAGCUCCUCUCUCAGCAGCAUUUGAGUGCCUCCCUGGAAAUCUUCCCAGAUUUCACCGAUGAGCUGGCACUGUUCUCCAUCGACCCCUACCGUGGCGUCCUUGCUCCUGGCCAGAAGCAGACCUUCCAUGUGAAGUUCUCCCCAAAGACUGUGGGGAAGUUUAAGACCAUCAUGCGGAUUCCUAACCGGAAGCCAACUCAGAGGAGGGUGCGGUUGAUUUUGAAAGGCAGAGCCCGGCAGAGGAAGAGUUUUGGUAAACCCAAACGCUCUGUGUUACGGCAGACAGAGGAUGGCCCGAGGCCCAAGAAGCAGGUGCACUGGAAACUCCCACCUGAGUGA